CCCUAGGACUCCGUGGGUGAGGAGGUGUUACGAAUGUCAACAGAUGAAAUCAUAGGAAGGACAAGACUGUUAGACAAUGAAGUCAAGAUAAUGAAGAGUGAAAUCAUGAGGAUACAGCAUGAACAUCAAGCACAAAAAGACAAGAUCAAAGAAAAUGAAGAGAAGAUUAAAGUCAACAAGACCCUGCCAUAUUUAGUUUCCAAUGUUAUUGAGCUCCUUGAUGUCCAACCAGACGAGGAUGAAGAGACGGAGGGAGCGAAUGUUGAUCUGGACUCACAACGGAAAGGAAAAUGUGCUGUAAUCAAGACGUCAACAAGACAAACUUAUUUUCUACCAGUAAUUGGUCUGGUAGAUGCAGAGAAGCUUCAUCCUGGUGACCUGGUCGGGGUCAACAAAGAUUCCUAUCUCAUCUUAGAGACCCUCCCACAAGAAUUCGAUUCUCGAGUGAAAGCAAUGGAGGUUGAUGAGAGACCAACUGAACAGUACAGUGAUAUUGGAGGAUUGGAUAAACAAAUUCAAGAGUUAAUAGAGGCUGUCGUCCUACCUAUGACACACAAAGAGAGGUUUGUUAACAUAGGAAUCCAGCCUCCCAAAGGCGUGUUACUCUACGGUCCACCAGGCACCGGAAAGACACUGCUAGCCAGGGCGUGUGCAGCUCAAACAAAGUCUACGUUCCUAAAGUUAGCCGGCCCUCAGCUUGUUCAGAUGUUCAUCGGAGACGGGGCUAAGCUCGUCAGGGAUGCAUUCGCACUCGCCAAGGAGAAGCUUCCAGCGAUCAUCUUCAUCGAUGAGUUGGAUGCAAUCGGUACCAAGAGGUUUGAUAGUGAGAAGGCCGGAGACAGGGAAGUUCAACGAACUAUGCUGGAACUUUUGAAUCAGCUAGAUGGAUUUAGUUCAUCAGAAGAAAUCAAGGUCAUUGCUGCGACGAAUCGAGUGGACAUUCUUGACCCUGCUCUAUUAAGGUCAGGACGAUUGGACAGAAAGAUUGAAUUCCCGACACCAAACGAAGAGGCUAGAGCUCGUAUCAUGCAGAUCCAUUCCAGAAAAAUGAAUGUUGGGGCUGAUGUUAACUUUGAGGAAUUAGCCCGUUGUACAGAUGAUUUCAAUGGAGCUCAAUGCAAAGCUGUGUGUGUUGAAGCAGGUAUGAUCGCUUUGCGUCGUGGAGCCACUGAACUCAUGCACGAAGACUACAUGGAUGGUAUCCUGGAAGUACAAUCCAAAAAGAAAGCAAAUCUCAACUAUUAUGCUUAAUUAAUUUAGUUUUAUAGCUAUUAUAUAUAGUCCCAAUUGGUUCCAUUUGUGUUAACAAUGAUACCGUCUGCGGACUAGAUUUCCCAGCAUUAAUCACAAUACUAUGGGCCACAUAUCUUCUGGGGGGUGUUUCACAAAGAUUUAAGUAUGACUUAAAGUCAAACUUAAAUGCCUAGUUGCCUGCGAUAUAAAAGGCAUGAAUGCAUCGGUCAGAUGCCAAGAGGACGCGCACUACUGUGCAUUGAUCAAUAAGAUUGCGCUCUGCAUAUCAUGUUCGCGUCAGAAUUUGAUUUGCGAUUCUUAAUACUUGACUCUUUGUGAACCCCCCCCCCCCCCCCCCCCCCGCUUAAGCUUCCUUGCAAUAUACCUUUGCACAGCGAACCUGCCAGCUGUCCAUGUUUUAUACAGACGGUCCUAUUUGGGAAAAGAGAAAGCCCCUUUGACCAUUGUGUCCCUGUUUUUGAAAAGUUUGUUUGCAAAAAUGAAUAGAACACUCUGCAAUGUCCCUAUUUUCAGCCCUUGUAUGCCCGAUUUGUCCCACUUUCAUGGGCUUCAGGGUUAGCAGUUAAUGCAAUCUGUGAGUAUGGGAAUUUCAGUUUAAAAAAAAAAUUGUCCUUCAUGAAUGGGUAUUUGAGCGAUUCCAUGACAUUUGCUCCGCUCUCAAUUCCACACACUAAUCGAAUGACCAACUUCUCCAUAUUGGCAUGAGAAGAACAGCAAAUGAACCCAUUUUUUCGUCUUUGAUAUUGCUCAGGUUUUGAAUAUCUGACCUGUCGAUCUGUGCGAUAUUAUCAAUCAAUACUGUGAGAGGGAAUUUCAGUAUAAUGGCGUUUCUUCAUGAUUGGGUACUUGUGCAGAUAGCUCACCAUAUUGGCACAAGAAUAACACUUGGCAGAUUCUCAAACUAAACUCAUUUUUUGUCUUUAUAUUGCCAACUUUUUGAAAUAUAACCUGUCAUAUUGUUUGAAAACUCUGGGAAUAUUAUCUAGGAGCCUUCCUUCAUAAAUGGGUAUUUAUGCAAAUAAAUUGCCCUUUUUUGCACAAGAACAGCACUUGGUAGACGCUCAAUUUAAAUCGAUUUCAUCUUUGAUAUUGCCAAGGUUUUGACAUUUGACCCGUCAAUUUGUAUGAUAUUAUCAAUCAAUACUCUGUGUGAAUUCAGUAUAAGCGCCUUUCUUUCAUAAGAAGGAAUUUGUGCAAAUAAAUCUCCCUUUUGCACAAACACAACACUUGGCAGACUCUCAAGUUAAACACAUUUGUAAUCUUUGAUAUUGCUCAGGUUUUUACAUUUGAUUUGUGUGAUAAUAUUAUCAAUUGAUACUGUUGAGUAAGGGAAUUUCAGUCAGAGAGCCCUCUUUCAUGAAUGGGUAUUUAUGUGGAUAGCUCACUCAAUUGGUAUGUGAAAAACACUGGUAAACCCUAAAAUUAAUCCCAUUUCUUCAUAGGGGGUAAAUGUGAAAAUUACAAGUAGAUAGAUGGCCAGCUCAAGGAUGUUCAACACUCAGAUCACCCCGGCCCACUCGGGUAUUUUGACAGUUUAGGUAUCGACAAGGUUUUCACAUUUGACCCCAUCCAAUUUGGUGGAUUCACAAUACGGUGCGCCAUCUAUUGUUUGCUGCGGACAGGCCGAAAUUUGCAAUGCCUUAUGGGGAAAAAGUCGACAUCUGAUGUGCACGUGCAUGCAAAAUGCUGCACUGGCCAUGGCGGUUCGACUGGUUUGCAUGAAAUUACGCUGUAUACCAGGGACCAGGAGGUUGGAGAGAAAUUUGUAAAAAUAAAGAAGAAAAUAUUGAUUUGCGAAAUAUAGACCAUUUUCGGUGAAUUCUUCCUCCGCUUUUGCCAUUAUGGUUUUCAUUUUUGAAGCAUCACAGUCACGUAGCACUAUGCGCUGCCUGCCCCUUCACGUGAUGUUGACCCAAAGUUAGAAAUUGGGCGUGUCCGCUGCAACUGAUAAAUGGCACACCGUAUUGUAAAUCCACCGAAUGGUUUGAUAUUGACUAUAGAAUGAUUGGCUCAUCCCCUUCGUUAAUCAGGGGGAUGUUUCACCAAACCGUUUGUUAGUUAUAUUUGACAUUAUAUGAUUGACUAGAACGUGUUCCUGUGCAAAGUGAAAUACCCAAUAUAUUCUUGUGAUAGAUUGGAUGCCUCAAAUUUGCCCUGGUGUUUUCUUUUUCCAUCAUCCAAGGUACAUGUUCCUCUAUUUGUGAAGAAAGCCAAUGAUUAGUGACCAACUUCUUAUUUUUUAUUGAUUUUUUGUUGGAAGGGGGGGGGGGGGUGGGUCACCGACACCCGACUUAGAAAUAAGGUCUUUAUUCAAGGGUCCUUAGGAAUGCUUUGUAAAAAAAAAUGAAUGUACAUGUAGAAAUGUGAUUUAUGAUAUUGUUUUGGUAAUGUUUAUCUUGGUGUAACCAGGAUAAUAAAAUAAGUUUAAACUGUUAAAA